AUGUCGGGCACGGACGAAGCCGAAGAUUUUGAUGUCCGCUGGACUGACGACUGCGGGCGGGAUUCGAAAGUAGAGGAAGAUCUUGUUUUGGCCCUUUUGUUCCGUGGAAAAAGAACGGGAACGAAGAUCUGGAACCUUGCCACGGGUGGCUGUGGACUUCGCUGA